CUCCGUCCCUCUCUUCACCCAAAAAGUCCCCCUUCUUCUUUCGACCUCUUUCAACCGUUGAACCCUUUCGAGCUUCGUCAUGGCGACACCCGUCUCCCCAAUUCCGAUGCUGAAGGACGAGCUCGACAUCGUCAUCCCCACCAUUCGGAACCUUGACUUCUUGGAGCAGUGGAGGCCGUUCUUUCAGCCUUACCAUUUGAUCAUCGUUCAAGAUGGUGAUCCUUCCAAGAUCAUUAAGGUCCCCGAAGGCUUUGAUUACGAACUCUACAACAGAAACGACAUCAACAGGAUUUUGGGUCCCAAGGCUUCCUGCAUAUCCUUCAAGGACUCUGCUUGCAGGUGCUUCGGUUUCAUGGUCUCCAAGAAGAAGUAUAUUUACACCAUUGAUGAUGAUUGCUUUGUUGCAAAAGACCCUUCGGGCAAGGACAUCAAUGCCCUGGAGCAGCAUAUAAAGAGCCUUCUGACUCCAUCCACCCCAUUUUUCUUCAAUACCCUGUAUGAUCCAUACAGAGCAGGGGCUGAUUUUGUACGUGGCUAUCCAUUCAGUCUCCGUGAGGGUGUCUCCACAGCCGUUUCUCAUGGUCUCUGGCUUAACAUCCCAGAUUAUGAUGCUCCCACCCAACUUGUCAAGCCUCAUGAGAGAAAUACUAGGUAUGUUGAUGCUGUAAUGACCAUUCCAAAGGGAACCCUUUUCCCCAUGUGUGGUAUGAACUUGGCAUUCAACCGUGAAUUGAUUGGCCCUGCAAUGUACUUUGGUCUCAUGGGCGAUGGUCAGCCAAUUGGACGCUACGAUGAUAUGUGGGCUGGCUGGUGCACCAAGGUCAUUUGUGACCACUUAGGGCUUGGAGUGAAGACUGGUUUGCCAUACAUCUGGCACAGCAAAGCUAGCAAUCCGUUUGUGAAUCUUAGGAAGGAAUACAAAGGCAUCUUCUGGCAAGAAGAGCUCAUCCCAUUUUUCCAAACCACCACCCUUCCAAAGGAAUGCACCUCUGUGCAGAACUGCUACAUUGAGCUCUCCAAACAAGUUAAAGAAAAACUUGGUAAGCUUGAUGAGUACUUCAUCAAGUUGGCCGACGCCAUGGUCACUUGGAUUGAAGCCUGGGAUGAGCUGAACCCAUCUGGGUGAAAAGCUGCCGAGUUAUCUAAGAGCUCAUCUAAGUAGAUUGCUUCAUUAAUGUGUACUCUGAUUUGAUUGUCCUGGACUUGUUUUCGGCAGCAUUUUGUCCAAGCUUUUUCUCUAAGGCUUGGAACUAUUUAUUUUGCGGGUAAGAGGGGGAUUUAUUUAUCAUAGUACUGUUGAGUUUAGAACAAUAAGAAAAUUAUGUAUUCUCUCUGAGAUAGAUUUGAUUAUUGGUUGUUUUGACGACGAUUGAGAUAUAUAAUUUCGAAAUCUUGGCUUCGAA